UACGAAAUCUUGUAAGGAAGCAUUAUUAUUUCGUCUCCCUCAACCCUCAUCAGUGAUAAACUGAUAACCCAGAAGAAGAGAAGAACAAGAAACCCUUGCUCAGAUUUGACUUCUCUCCACCAAAUCCAAUCAAUCUCAUCCAUCAUUUCCCCUUUUCUCUCUCCAUCGAGAUUCUUUGAGAACCACGAUCAGUAAAAUGGAGCUAAAGGCUGUGAAAGAUGCAGCUGACCAUGUUACAAAGAAGCAAAAGCUGUGUUCCUCCAAAUGCCAGGAAGCAAUAGAACAGAUAGGCCAGGAAAUUGAGCAGGCUUUACUUAAACUACAAUCAACUGAUGCCAGUACCUCAUACCCAGAUCAUAAAGCCAUACUUGCUGAUCUCAAGACCAAGUUAAAGGAUAUGGCUAAUGUCAGCCAACUAGAAUCUAGCCAAAAAGAGCUGAACGGACCAUUAAGCAAGUACCCAAAGCAGCUCGAAAAAUCUUUCAACCCCGAUAUAUCUAAAGCAUACAGGAACGUUGAUUUUGAUAUCCACACGAUUAACGAGAUCAUAGCCAGUCAUCUAUACAGGGAAGGCCUAUUUGAAGUGGGAGACUGCUUUGCCAAUGAAGCUGGAGAGGAAGAAGCAACUGCCUUGAAAUCUCCUUUCAUUGAGAUGUACCAUAUCCAUCAAGCCAUGAAGUCCCGUGAUUUAGAACCAGCCCUUAAAUGGGCGUCUGCUAACUGCGAGAAACUCAAGCAAAGUGGAUCAGAUCUUGAGCUUAAACUUCAUAGGCUACAAUACGUGGAAAUUCUGCAGAAUCAGGGUAGAGAUGAGGCCCUUAAAUAUGCAAGAACAUUUCUGUCUCCUUUUGCUUCCUCUCAUAUGGCUGAAAUACAGAAGCUGAUGGCAUGUCUUUUAUGGGCUGGUAAACUUGAUGCCUCCCCUUACUCUGAUCUUCUGGCUCCUAUAAACUGGGAAAAGUUGGGUGAUGAGUUCACUAGGCAGUUCUGUAAUCUUUUGGGGCAAUCUUUCGAGAGUCCAUUGGGUGUGAGUGUAGCAGCUGGAGUUGAAGGGCUUCCUACCCUUCUUAAGCUGAUGAAUGUUAUGAUGGGUAAGAAACAGGAAUGGCAAUCCAUGAAGCAGCUCCCUGUUCCUAUUGAAUUGGAUAAAGAAUUUCAAUUCCACACAAUAUUUGUGUGUCCGGUAAGUCGGGAUCAAGCAACCGAGGAGAACCCACCAAUGCUGAUGUCAUGUGGGCAUGUUCUCUGCAAGCAAUCAAUCACGAAACUCUCAAAGAGCAGUACCAAGACCUUCAAAUGCCCUUACUGCCCAACUGAAAUUGAGGCAACGCAUUGUAGACGGUUGUUUUUCUGAUGUUGAUGAACAAGUAUGGCUGUACUGUUUCCAUUUUCACAUGAACAUAUGAAGAAGUUUCUUUUGUGUUUUGUUAUUGUGCAGGUUUUCUUUUUUUUGGGGGUGGUAGUUUCUCUAUGAAACUCUCUUCAUGGAUCUUUUAAUGUUUCUGUUAAUGGUGUGUUCUCACCAGUUGUAUAUAUAUACAUUCUUUCUAUUACUCAAUGGCGCUCUAGUUUUUCUGCC